AUGCAGGGCCACUAUUCCUACCCCGGAACCACCCCCUACGUCCACCGUCUGGCUUACGAGGACGGCGUCCGCAACCACACCUAUCAACCACGACCCGAAGACCACCCAGCUCUACGGACAGACCUAGACAGCAGAACUGGCUCACUGUCCAGCCAGGAGACCGUCACCAUUGAACCCAAACGCGGGCCCGUAGCCCGAUACUUCCUGGCCGAGAUCAACCCUCACCGGACCUACUUGCUCUUGAUCAUCUGCAGCUACAUCGCCGGUCUGGUAGAUGCACUGUCCUACAACGCCUGGAGCACUUUUACUGGCAUGCAGACAGGAAACACCGUCUUCAUGGCAUUAGGCGCCUCCAACCAACCCUCCUACCCAGACUACCUCUGGGCCAAAGCCCUUAUCGCCUUCAGCGUCUACAUGAUCAGCAACCUCUUCUUCACUUACGUCGCCCGCGCCCUCAACCCCCUCCGCCGAACUACCAUGCUCCUAAUGUUCGGCCUUCAAACCCUGGCCCUGCUCGUCGCCGCCCUUCUCGUCGAAUUGGAAGUCGUCCUCCCCAGACCCGAAGAAUACACCGCGCCAAUCCAAUGGACCCAGGUCCUCGCUAUCGCUCUUCUCGCCUUCUCGCAAGCGGGGCAGAUCAGCGCCUCUCGUAUUCUGGGCUACAAUGAAGUCCCCACGCUCUCUGUGACCACUGUGCUUGCUGACAUGCUUGCCGACCCGCACUUGUUUGAGUUGCACAACCCCAAGCGAAACCGCAGGAUUGCGGGCUUUAUCGCGUCUUUUGUGGGAGCUAUGACUUCGGGUUUCUUGUCUAGGGAGACGGAGAUGGUGGCUUGCUUGUGGCUUGCUAUGGCGUUGAAGGUUGUGGUUAUGCUUUGCUUCUUUGUGUGGAGGGACGAUCGCGAGUCUGAGAAGAAGGACUUGGAGGGUCAGUGA